AUGGAUUUUGUUUUUAUGUUGCAGGUUAAAGCGGUUGCCACUCGGUCAAAUGAGUCGAUUAGAGAGAUCGAACAAGAAAAAUCAUCACUAAUGUUACAAUUGGCAAAUUAUAAUAAGACUCGGCCAACUGUAAAGACACCAUUGAGUGGUUAUGAAAAACAAAAACUCAUGUCUCUAGAAGAAGCAUUAAAACCAGUUAAUCAUCUUAUUGAGGAUCUACCAAGACAAAUAGCUGAAGCUAAACGAAAUUGUACUAUGCCUAAAGAUGGAUUAACAGAAGAUGAGUCAGCUUCUAUUAUGAUCUACACUAUGGAAUGGGGAGAAACUUCUCUUCAUAAAAGAUUAAAUGUCGCACUACGUUCCAAAGACAAUAAUAAAAUAAAACCAUGGUUUCCAUAUUUGAAAUUAUUCAUGACAGCACUGCAGAAAUUGCCAUCAUUUCAAGGAGUAGUUUGGUGUGCAACUGAAAUCGACCUCAGGAAGGAACAUACUAAAGGUCAACGUUAUCUCUGUUGGGUUGUAUCAUCUACAAGUCGUGAUAUAUCAGUAUUAGAACAUUAUUUACAUCAAUCUGGCGAGCGUACAGUAUUCACAAUUAAAUGGAAAAAUGGAAAAUCCAUCAAAAAUCAUUCUUCGCAUCCUGCUGCAGACAAAGUGUUAUUAAUGCCAGGAUUUUAUUUUGAAGUUACGAGUGUAUUGAAGGCAGCAAAUGAUAUGAAUAUAAUUAGUAUAAAAGAACUCGAUUCACCAUGGUGA